AUGGCUGUGGGCAACCCGCUCUGCCUUAGAGCAUGGUCCCUCACCAUCCAGGUGAAAAACCAGAGCGCUGAUCGCAAUCUGUAUUCCUCAUUUGGAGCGACUCUGGCGAGGGAUGAUGAAAAGAAUUUAUGGAGUAUGCCUCAUGACGUGUCCCACACAGAAGCAGAUGACGACAGAACCCUGUACAAUUUAAUAGUCAUUCGUAACCAGCAGGCCAAAGAUUCCGAGGAGUGGCAGAAACUCAACUAUGAUAUCUAUACCCUGCGGCAAAUUCGAAGGGAAGUGAGAAACAGAUGGAAACGCAUUUUAGAAGAUUUAGGCUUUCAAAAGGAAGCAGACUCUUUGUUGUCAGUGACUAAGCUCAGCACCAUCAGCGAUUCUAAAAACACAAGGAAAGCUCGAGAGAUGUUGUUAAAACUGGCUGAAGAGACCAAUAUUUUUCCAACAAGUUGGGAGCUCUCAGAGAGGUAUCUCUUUGUUGUGGAUCGUCUCAUUGCGCUUGAUGCUGCAGAAGAGUUCUUUAAAAUUGCUAGACAAACGUAUCCCAAGAAGCCUGGUGUCUCAUGCCUGGCAGAUGGCCAGAACGAAAUGCACUACCUUCCAUUUCCAAGUCCCUAAGGAGAGGCUCAGAAGCACAGUGGGAAUUCUUCCAUGGAGACUUAACAGUCACCCAAAGUUGGACAGCUGCAUGUAGAAGAGAGUGAGCAAAUAAAGGGCUUGCUGAGUGAAAAAUG